AUGUCCAGGUUUUCCCCAACCGAACAUCAGAAUCACAACCAUGCUGAAGGUGAUGGUGCACACCACAACCGAGAGGCUUCUCUUGACAUCAGCACCAGAGAAGUUAGAGACGAUUCAUUAAAAUUGUCGUGUCCCACCAAAGCUUUGCGCUCACAGACUGCACGCAGCCAUAGGGCUCACUGUGACGAUGAAGUGAAUCAUUCACAACUGGAACCGAACCACGGCCUUUGCCAAAGUGAUCUUUCUUAUCAUGGCACAAGAAGCAGCACAGAAAGUAGACGUAAUGACCAUAGUAAAAACUGGUCAUUGUCGUUGAUGCCAAGAACAAGAGAAAACCAUGGAGACGGUUUGACAUGUGAUUCGAGGAGGGUCGCUAAUACCAGGGACCAAAUGAUAACAGAUUGUCAUGAUCAAAACUUGAAAGCUCGUGCGUCCACGGACAAUUCCAUGAAACGACAGAGAGAGCACUCGCAGUCUUCAGAAACAGGUACAUCCACGAAGGAAAGAGAUCCAACGUCUUCGUGUAAAUGGCAUUUAGAUGGUUUUGAUGUGAGCACUUCCAGUAGAGGAAAAACAUACGGAAAUCCCAAACACAAUAACUUUGAAGAAACAGAGUCGGUUGUGCGUCGGAAGAAUAGUGAAAAGUCUUCAAACAUGAGUGCUGACAGAAAACUAUGUCCUGCAACAGAGGAUGCAAAAGUUGGAAGGCUGCCCAUACAAGGGAACGAGCUAAAGUCUCACAGAGAAGAUAGCGUUUGUAGUGAACUAAUCUCCAUCAAAAGUACAAGCAUGCAAGAGUCACAUGAUAUGAAUGUUCUAGUUAAAGAUAUAUCCGAAACAGGAGCUGGGGUUUCCCGGCUGAAGCACGGCCACGAGACUGCAAACGUUUGCCACCCAGAUAAGAACUCACCCAUGUCAGAUAGUUGUCCUUCUGACUGCUCUGUAAGCGAAGUGCAUCUAAUAUCUCAGGCCGACGCCUACGCAGUUACUCCACAUGCCAGGAAGUACAAUGAUAUGGUGGCGGUUAACUCAAAAAGGGCGCCAGAAAUCCUGGUAAACUCUAACACCAAAAGUUAUUCUUCAUAUGCCAGGAUGAAUCAAGCGGAACACAAUCUGUAUUCUGACACUAAACAUAGAUCAGAACUGAAUGCUCCCAAAGAGAAGAUAGAAAAUAUUGCCGAGAAGGCAGCAAACCCGUCUGAAGGAGCACCUCCAAAAUACGAAUCUCGCCUUACCGAUCACAGCCAAUGCAGUGAUGCUACGCUGCCGACAGUCGCAGCCAAUGUUCCAAGAAAAAUGCAGCAGUUACACGAAGGCGGAGGUGGGGAACCUCCUAUAGCAAAACUAGGGAAUCAUUCACUGCCAUCGCGAGAGGCAGAAAAUGAAGAACACCUCACUGCUGCCUCGGCAGAUGUUCUUAAAGUAAAAUACGCCGUGUCUCAAGAUAGCAGACAACAGUAUGGCCACGCCGUUGAAAACAAGUGGAUAUUAGAUUAUGAAUGGCUUUCAGGUGAAUGUAUACCAGAAACAAAAGCGCUAGAAGCUACUUCUCAAAAAGAGCCCAAUUUAUGCACGGAUUCACAAUCAUACGUUGGAGGAGACGGUACAUCUGUAAUAGCAAGGAAGGGGACUCAGCCGACUAAAUCGCCAAGAAAGGGGCACAACUCUGAAGCCAAAGAUAGUGUUAAACUAGGAAAAGCAGUGGAUAUCACCGCUGACAGAAAAAGCAACUCGCAGGAAAGUGUGCAGUUUGAUGAGUCGGACACAGAGACACUGGAUUCCAAAUCACGCCGUCUCCUUAAUCAACUGCAGAUGGUGCAAAUCUGUAAAAGAAAAGCCAACGUUCUACUGAAACAUGUUCAGAGUAUUAUCGAUGGAUCACAUCCCCCUAGAGGAAAAACCAAACUGAACAAAUCACAAGGACCACAAGAAUCUUCUAAAAAGCCAGACCAGCCAGCUGAAGAAUUGCCCACUAACUCAUUUAAAUUUGAACAAAAACCUCGGCUGAAAUCCGAGAGUCCUGACCGCUUAUGUAGGAAACAGAACGGUAAACCGCCCGUUGCUAGGCCUGGUGUAGAUUCACUGGUCGCAGUCACAGGCGAACCACUACCUGUACAAACCCAUGUGGCUGGUAUACAAAGCAGCAAUCCUAAUGCAGGGUUUAAGAUACAGGAAACAUCGGUACAUGCAUGGACAGAUCACACAAAAGAAAUAAAGGAUAAAAAAACUGCACGCAUGAUAGGGAGAUCAGAAUCCUCACCCGAUUACCAAGGAGAAGAGAUGUAUGAAUACUACAAAAGUCAAUCCCCUGAUACAUUUAUUUGCGAGACAACAAAGCACCCAACAGUCUCACAUGCACACAUAAUACAACAUCGCCAACUGCCAGUUAAAGGAGAGAAAUACCUUGGUGCUUCCAAUGAGUCUGAGUUGAAAUCAGCUCAGCACUGUUACGGAGACAAGUCAACAGAGCAGAAGAAUCGCCAAGCUAGGGAGGCGAAUUCACGCAGGGAAUCCCCUGACAGAACGCAUCCUUCGUCUAAAUACGGACAAUGGAUGUCAGCAACUGCCAUGCAAGGAUCGGUAUCGCCAACGAUUUAUUAUGAAAAUGUUAGCAACACUUCUGAGUCUGUUGAUUCUUUCUCUGUGUACGAUGAAGUCGGUUCAACAAGAUAUCAAAACAGCAAGAAUUUCUUCGCGAAAGAUGAUAAAUGUUAUCUAUUGAUGCGAAAAAGAGGCCCACACACUUCCAAGCGCAGUCGUAGCGCUACUGCGCAUACCUCUAGGCGCCACAGUGGGCCACAUUAUCAUCCUAAAAUGAGUACUAAAGAUAAGCGACACGAAAUCAGCAGAUCAACAAUGAGACAAUCCCUAAAAGAAGCAAUAAAGAGUGCGAAACAAUCGAUAUCUGCUGCUGCAAAAGUAGCAGAAGCAUUGAGUUUCGUUGUAAAAGCCAGUACGGAUUCUUCAACUUCGCUUUCCUCAGAAGCAGCAGGCAAGCGUCCAGUGUGGAAAGAGAGGCAUUAUUCCAAAUCUCCAGCUCCGACAGGGGAUCUUGUAGACCAUAGGAAACUUUCUGAGACUGCUGGUUAUGCGGCAGCCCCGCUGCCCUUUAAGGGCGUGUCAGUAUGGCCAGAUGAAGAGGAACCGCUGUAUGCACGAUCGUUUCAAGAAAAUAUUGAACAGGUUACGUACAGGCGUGAACAGAAAAGGCUUCCGUCUUCACUUCCACAACGACUAAAGGCUGUAAACCAUGAAGCUAAAUCAUCAGCGGCUACUUUCAGUAGAAAUGGCCCUUCGCUAUUACAUCAUAAGCAUUUCAGUUGUGGUCAAAAUCUGCGUGACACUGAGACCAACCCAUCUGGGACACCACAGGCAGUUUCACAUGGUCAGGCGAUGCGAGCAGAUAGUAGUCCUUAUACCUGGGAUGGUGCAGGCGAUGUAACCAAAUACUUCACAUUUGAAGGCGCAAGGGUAACAGAUGGCCCUAUUCUUCAACCUGUCGCUGAAGAUUCGCCAGCGCUGAGUCCCACAACUACCGUUCAGAUCACCAUCUCGAAAUCGCCAGACCCGUCUCCAAAACCGAAUACGAACUACCCAUUUGAUCAACCGAUGCGCAGAAAGGAAAAUCCAAAGCAAGACACUCACCACUUGUUUGGCUACAAAAGUCUUGGCAGGCAGAAACCCUUGUCGGAAUACGAACAGUCUUCUGAGUUGACUUUGUCAAAGGAGAACUGGACAGCGUCUCGUUCGUGCAGUAGCUCUACACGUAAGACCAAUAGUUAUUUUAACGAGGUCACCCCGGUUGAGGAUCGGCUGCUGCGUGAUUACGCCUUAUCUACCAGGCAGGCCUUCCGACGUCAUACGAUGAAUGCGUUUGUAGAUGGAUCCGCGAACAACGUCAUGGGUGACACUGCCAAGCACAAUGCCAACGUUAACAGGUCCCCCGAGGGAAAAUCAUCCAUGCAGGAUUCAACUCAAAACGCAGAGCAGAUCAAAAUGGGCGAAAAAAGAAAGGCGUUAUCAAUAACAAACCCUCGCUUAGCGCUAAAUGGAAAUCGGCGAGCAGCUGAACAGCACCACCUCAGCAGCUUUAAUCAGGAAUGCGAUGAUUCGGAAGUAGUUCCGUGGCAUCAGCAAAACUGCCCCAUGAAAUCACUCCACUGCAUGUCUAAAAGACCAAAACACAGCAAAGCCAACCUUUGCUUGAGUCGAUCAUACAAACUAUCCAACAGAGUCACGUGCAGAGGAAAGGUGAGUUCCAGAAAUACAAGUCUAAACAAUGAGUUCAACGAGAAUACAGGUAAAACAGGAGAAUAUAAGUAUCUCAAUGACGCUAAAGGAAAAUCCCCUGGCAUCGGUAUCCCUGUUUGCUACUCGGAUCCAAGCUCACCUUGUGUAUUUAACCGCGAGUUUCAAGGGCUGUCUACAAGUAACUCCUGUGAACUAAGAACAAUACACGAAACCUGCAGUCAUAUUAGUCAGAGGAAAUCACGUCGGUGUUCCUCAUUAAACAGACAAUAUUCAAUGCGGGAGAUAUCACCCAGCAGAGCUUUCUCUCCUAGCCAUUAUCGCCCAGAAUUACCGGCUACAGCGGGCAGCAGAAACUCGUUUUUGGAAUACGAGUCAGAACACAGUCAGACGACAGUGUUUAUGGACAUGGAACCGACUUUUCUGGUACACAGUACGAAAAUAAAAGCCAUGCAGAUCCCUAAGACACGUGUCUUUCCUUUUCCGGGUACUAACUCCAACAGCAUUGAAUUUUCGGCCAUCUGCGACAAGGUCCUGCCUGCUGGUGAUGGCAAACAAGCUCCACAUAGCUGGGACAAGUUGCCAUAA